UAAAGAAAUUGCAAUUAACAAGUCUUCCGAUGUUGAGACAUUUAUGGAACAAGGAUCCCAAAGGAAUUUUAGAAUUCAAGAACCUAAAGGGGCUCAUGUUAAAAACUGUAGCAGCUUGAAGUAUAUUUUUACAUGGUCGAUGGCAUUGUGCCUCUUGCAUCCGGAAAAGAUAGAAAUAUACAAUUGUAAGAUGAAUGAAGGAAUCAUAGAAAAGGAGGAAGCAGCUGAUAAAAUGAUAUUAUUGCCUUCAUUGAAAUCUAUAGUCCUUAAAUGUUUGCCUAGAUUUUCCAGAUUGUGUUCAGGAUGGAGUAAUGUGGAAUGUCCAUUGUUGAAGGAGAUGAGCAUACAUGAAUGUCCAAGCUUAAAGAAUAUCUUUGCCACACAGACACUAGUGAACACAAUUGAUGAGUUUCAUACACCUUUUCUUUAUAAGAUGUUUCCAAAUUUGGAAAAGUUUUCGUUAGACAAGAAGUUUACCAUAACCAUACUUGGAUCUCAGCUUCCAACAGGCUUCUUUUUCAAAGUAAAAGUUCUUGAAUUGAGUUUCUUUCUAAACAAAUAUCAUGUUCCUCUGUUUAGUUUACUUCCAAUAUUCCCCAAUCUCGAAAGAUUUGAAGUUCUUGAUUCUUCUCUCAACAAGUUACUUCCAUUUGAAGGACUGGUUGGUGACCAAGAAGAUAUCACUACAAUUCCACAUAUAAGAGAUUUAAAGCUUAAAAAUCUUCCUGAUUUGAAGCAUAUAUGGAAUCCAGAUGGCCAACUGCAUGACCCAUUAAUUCAAUCUCUUGAGACUUUUGAGAUAGAGUCUCGUGGAAAUUUGAUUGUUUUAGCACCAUCCUCUGUGUCUUUGGGAAAUCUGAAAACUCUCAAAGUAUGUGGAUGCAACACAUUGGCAAAUAUUUUUACAUCAGCCGCAGCCAAAAGUAUGGUACAACUUGAGACAUUGAUUGUAAGAUCUUGCAAUAUGUUGACCGAAAUAAUAGGAGGUGUUCAAGAGGAUGGAUCAACUGAUGAGAUUGUUUUCAGUAAAAUGAAAACAUUAGAACUUGAAGGUUUACAGAACCUCACAAGCUUCUGCUUGGGCAGUUACACUUUCAAUUUCCCAUCUUUAGAACGAGUGGAUGUUUUCAGAUGCCCCAAGUUGAGGACUUUCACUGUCCGCCAGCUGAGCUCACCAAAGAUACAUGGUGUAUUCACAGGCUUCAGAUCCAAUCCAACAUUUCAUUGGGAAGGCGAUCUCAAUGCGACCAUUGAACAGAUUUACAUGAAAUAUGAUGGAUUUAAAGGGAUAGAUGAUGUUCAACUCUCCAGCUUUCCCAUGCUGAAAGAAAAAUGGCAUGGCCAAUUUCCAUUCGAGAACUUGGAGUACUUGGAAAGAUUGGUGCUGGACGAGUGUGCAUUUUUCUCAAAUGCCAUAUCAUCAAAUCUACUAAUGCACUUGUACUUUUUAAAUGAGUUGGCUGUAGAAAGAUGUGAUUUAGUAGAAGAGCUGUUUGAAUUAGAAGGCUUGAAUGCUGAUGAAGGUGAUGUUGGGUUAUUAAAGUCUCUAGGAGAAUUGAGGUUAAUCGAUUUGCCUACAUUGGUCCAUGUGUGGAACAAGGAUCCUCAAGGAAUUAUGAGCUUUGAAAACCUAACAUUGUUGCAAGUUGAGAAUUGUAGCAGCUUGACUAAUAUAUUUACUCUGUCCAUGGCUUCGGGUCUUGUAAAUCUCCAACAUUUGGAAGUAAAAAGAUGUAAUUUGGUGGACCAUGUCAUCAUAAAAGAAGCAGAAGAGGAAAUAGGGAAGGAUAAUACCAUAUUUCCAUCAAUGCAGUCCAUAAUUCUAGAGUGUUUGCCUAGCUUAUCAAGUUUUUAUUCUGCAAGUGGUGUUCUGAAAUUACCAUCCUUGAAAGGAAUUGAGAUAGUUGGCUGUCCAAACAUGGAAUUACUGGCUUCUAAACUUUGCAAAGAGAUGGAUCUAAGCAUGAUUGCUGAGGGAAAUGAAGAAAGAAUUCACGAGGGGGACUUCAAUAUUUCAAUUGGUGGGAAGGUAAUCGUCCCAAGUUUAGAAGAAUUGGGAGUGGAAUAUUAAACCAUAAAGAAUAUUUGUUCUCAAACAUCCCAACCUGAUUUCUUGUGUGGACUGAAAGGCAUUGAGUUGACAUGUAUUUCUAGCGACUCAACACUUUUGCCAUCUCAUUUCUUCGAAAGCUUACCUAAUCUGGAGAAACUUGUUCUGAGUGAUGCUUCUUUCGAAGAUAUCAUUUUCUGUGAAGAGAUUAUUGGCGAGGAAAUACAUCCUCAAUCGGUUGUGAAAUUGAACAAACUAAGUUUGUCUAAACUACCAAGGCUCAAGGUGUUACUGUCAUCCUCUGUUUCUUUUCAAAAUUUAACAGCGCUGCAGGUAUCAAAUUGUCAAGGUCUAGUAAAUUUGUUGUCUUCUUCAACAGCGAGAAGUCUUGAACGACUUGAAAAAAUGUAGAUAGAGGAAUGUGAACUGAUACAAGAAAUCGUAGUGGCUGAAGUAGAUAGAGAAGAAGAAGUGGAGAAUGAGAUUUGCUUCAGCCAACUGAAAUGUUUGGAACUUCGACGUCUAUCAAGCCUCUCUAGCUUCUGCUAUGGGAAUUUGACUUUCAGUUUCCCAUCUAUGGAAGAAGUGAUCAUUGUAGAAUGCCCCAAUAUGAAGAUUUUUGCUCAAGAAGCACGCCGCAACUGUGGAGAGUUCAAACAGGAGGACGUAAAUAUGAAUGGGAAUGGAAAGGCAGCCUUAAUAACACCAUUCAAGCAUUAUUUAUGGAAAUGAAAGCUGAAGAUAAGGGGAUAGGCCAAUGUUCAUAUGGGUGAGCUUGGAUAAGAAGGCUAACGAUCAAGUGAUUUAUGAUAGAUAAACUCACAUUUUUCAAAUUGAAGAUAGAUGGUGAGACUACCAUUUGGUACCAUUUGAUCUCUUGGGGAUUAGCUUGUCUUUCUUUCAUGAAUAAGAAUCAAUAUUGCUGCAUGCCGAGUUUUUCAGCAUUGACAAGACUAAACUAUCCAUUUUGUCAUGCCUGAAUCUGUGUUUUAUUUAUAUUAUACUUCCAAUUUUGAAUUUCUUGUAUUAUUUUUUUGGCCCAUUUUGCUUUUAUUUGAGUUUUUGAAUUCGAUUGUUGGAGCUUGAAAUACAUUAGAAGAUUUUCCGCUCUUCUA